AUGGAAAGUGCUCAAAAUGAAAGUAGUUCUGAAGUUAAUGGGUCUAAUGAUGGUGGUGAUGAUAAAAACGGCUUGAUUCAAAGUGGUUCUGUGGCAAAUGUGGUCUGUGAGUUGAAUUCUGAUGGUGGAAACCACGUUAAAAAACCAGAAGAGGUUGAUAGGAACUUGAAUAGUGCGCCAUAUGUUUAUAGACAAGAUAUUGUUAGACAUAGAAAAUGUAAUGUGGUUGGAGUAGUGAGUGGAGUUGCUGGUGAGUCUGAUUCCGAUGGCAGUAUUACGGAUGAUGAGGACGAUGAUGAAGAUGAGGGUGAUGUUGAUGAGGAUGCUGGAAAUGAGGGAGGUGAUGGGAAUGCUAGUGGUGUUACGAGUGAAGAAAGGAAGAAAGGCAGCGAUGAUUACAAGAACGAAACUCUUCAGGUUGAUCAGGUUCGAGUAAUUUGGAUGGGUGAUGUUAACCCAAUUCAAUAUGUCAACGAUGUAACUGUCAUUGAUCGAGGAUUCUUACACGGGGAUUAUGUUGCAUCUGCUUCAGACCCAACUGGGCAAGUGGGUGUUGUGGUGGAUGUUAAUAUCUCUGUUGAUUUGUUAGCUCCUGAUGGAUCUGUUAUACAAGAUGUGUCUUCCAGAGAUUUGGUACGUGUGAGGGAGUUUGCUGCUGGUGAUUAUGUGGUCUUUGGUCCCUGGUUGGGUAGAGUUGAUGAUGUUUUAGAUGAUGUGACUGUGUUAAUUGAUGAUGGUUCUGUGUGCAAAGUAAAGGGGGCUGAGCCAUUGCAUCUAAAACCAAUUUCCAAGGGUAUCUUUGAGGAAGAUGAGCAUUUUCCUUACCACCCAGGCCAGCGUGUAAGGGCUACCUCAUCAUCAGUUUUUAAAAAUUCUCGAUGGCUAUCAGGCUUGUGGAAAGCUAAUAGAUUGGAAGGUACUGUUACGAAAGUUACAGCUGGAUCAGUAUUCAUCUAUUGGAUAGCAUCCGCUGGCUAUGGACCUGAUUCUUCAACUACCCCUGCUGAAGAACAGAGUCCAAAGAACUUAAAAUUGCUGUCUUGUUUUGCACAUGCAAGUUGGCAAGUAGGUGACUGGUGUCUUCUCCCAUCAUCUGUUGCACAAUCAUCCUCUGUUGCUUUAGACAAGGAUUUAUUGAAGUUAGGAAUUCAUGAUUCAAUCAAAAGUGAACUAGAUUCUAGUCAAUUAGGAAACGGAUGCAACUCAGAAGGAUUUGCUACCGAGGAAUUAGAUGAUCCUAAUGGAUCAAUGGCUAUUGAUCCUGUGGCAGCACCAGAUGGAAAUACAGCCAUUAUUGCAAGUAAUGAAUCUAGCUCUUGUGGCAGUUCAACAUCAGUUUCAAAGGUGCCUGCCCAUCGCAAAAAGAUACGUAAAGUUAUACUCAGAAGAGAAAAGAAGCCUCGAAAAAAAGAGGAAGAUUUUGAAAGAGCCCUUUUGAUCGUCAACACCAGGACAAGGGUCGAUGUAGCAUGGCAGGAUGGAAGUAUAGAACGUGGACUGAAUUCAACAACGUUGAUUCCAAUUGAUAGUCCUGGUGAUCAUGAAUUCAUUGCUGAACAGUAUGUGGUGGAGAAAGCCUCUGAUGAUGUUGAUAACUCUUCUGAAGCUAAGCGUGUUGGGGUUGUUAAAAGUGUUAAUGCGAAAGAAAGAACAGCUUGCGUGAGAUGGUUGAAGCCAGUUGCCAGGGCAGAAGAUCCUCGUGAGUUUGACAAGGAGGAAAUUGUAAGUGUCUAUGAGCUGGAGAGUCAUCUGGAUUAUGAUUAUUCCUAUGGGGAUGUAGUCGUUCGAUUGUCCCCAGUUUCUGUUUCUGAUCAAAUAAACUCUGAUUUGGAGAUUGUUGAGGAAUCAAAGCAGCAAAGUGGACAAAGUGAGGUUAUGAAUACAAAAAAAUGCUUAGGACGUAAGAAAGGAGAGGGUGCAUCCAGUAAUAAAGUUUCUAUGGACUUCUCAGAUCUCUCUUGGGUUGGUAAUAUAUCUGGUCUUAGGAAUGGUGAUAUUGAAGUCACAUGGGCUGAUGGGAUGGUUUCAACGGUUGGACCUCAAGCAAUAUUCGUUGUUGGUCGAGAUGAUGAUGAUGAUUCAAUUGCAGCUGGGAGUGAAGUAAGUGAUGCUGCAGCUAGUUGGGAAACAGUUGAUGACGAUGAGAGGGACGCUCUUGAGAAUACUCAAGAGGCAGCUGUGCUACAAGAUGCAACCAGCAUGAACUCAGAAGAAGGUAGUGUGGAGAGUUACAAUUCUGGAAGGCAUGCAGCACUUAAUUUUCCCUUCGCUGCACUUGACUUUGUGGCAAGAUUGGCCACUGGAAUAUUCUCACGAGGUCGGAAAAAUGCAGACCCAGGUUUUUCAGGUUACAAGGGUGAAAAUGAACUGCAAUCUCAGGGAACGAGUUGUAUUUCUGAAGAAGAAGGUUCCAGUAAUGAGUCUAGUGCUGGAAAAUCUAAUAUCAAUGAUAAUUGUGCUGUGCAAAAUAUUAAUGAAAAAGAAGAAGAUGCUGCAGUGGAGGUCCCAGUAUCAUCAAAUGAAGAAGCUUCAUGCAAUUCAAGCACUGAAAAGUCAAAUGCUAUGACAUGUUCUGAGGCUCGGAUUUAUCACCACAUUAAACAUUUUGACACAGCUAAAGAUCCUUUGGACCAUCAUUUUCUUGAUUCAACUGGACAGAUCAAUAAUGGAAGGAAGUGGCUCAAGAAGGUUCAACAAGAUUGGAACAUCCUCCAGAACAACCUGCCUGAUGAGAUCUAUGUACGGGUUUAUGAGGAUCGAAUGGAUCUCUUAAGGGCAGCAAUAAUUGGGGCAUAUGGAACACCUUACCAAGAUGGACUGUUUUUCUUUGACUUUCACCUUCCGCCAGAGUAUCCUGAUGUCCCUCCUUCAGCACACUACCAUUCCCGUGGUUGGCGAAUAAAUCCAAAUUUGUAUGAGGAGGGCAAGGUGUGCCUUAGCCUUUUAAAUACCUGGACUGGCAGAGGAAAUGAAGUCUGGCACUCGUCUUCUAGUAUCCUUCAAGUCCUAGUUUCACUUCAAGGGUUGGUACUAAAUUCUAAGCCAUAUUUUAAUGAAGCUGGAUAUGACAAGCAGAUAGGGACAGCUGAAGGAGAGAAAAAUUCGUGGUCAUACAAUGAGAAUACUUUCUUGCUAAACUGCAAGACAAUGAUGUAUCUUAUGCGAAAACCACCCAAGGAUUUUGAAGACUUGGUAAAGGAGCAUUUCAGGAGGCGUGGUUACUACAUUCUUAAAGCCUGUGAUGCAUAUAUGCAAGGCAAUUUAAUUGGAUCUCUCACUCAAGAUGCCUCUGUAAGCAGUAAGGAAAGUUUCAAUCUAACUUCAGUUGGUUUCAAAUUGAUGUUAGCCAAGAUUGUGCCAAAGCUUUAUUUGGCAUUAAAUGAAGUUGGCGCUGAUUGUCAUGAAUUCAAGCAUCUGCUACAGUCAUAA